AUGCAGUAUGAAAAAAAUUGUCCUCAAAAAAAACAAUAUAAUCAAUAUGAGAGUAUAUGUAAAUCCAUUGGAUCAGAAUAUGCUGGACAAGAAAAUAUCGUUAGUACUAUUUGUUUAAGAUUUCAUUGUUUAAUGUAUAACAUUUUGAAUUCACAAUCUUCGCAAUAUGACCAAAAUGAACUUGCUCAUUUAGAAUACUUGAACUAUUGGUUAAAUUAUGAACUACAUUUAAAUAAAGUUAACAAUUGCCCAAAAUAUUUUUAUCAAAAUAUGAUAAUUAAGGAUAAAGAUAACGUUCUAUUACCUAAAUUGAGGGCGAAUAAUAGUUAUAUUUUAAAAGAAGAGCUUAGUAAUAUGUAUGCGCUGUAUCAUUUAUAUAAUAAAUAUGUAGAAAUGAAUGAAAUAGUAAAGAGCAAUACACCAGUUGAAAAUGCCUUUUUUAGUUACGCUAGAAACAUUGUUCAAAAGUACAAAGAACUUGCAAAAAAGUGUACUGAAAACAACAAAUUUCUAUGUAACGCUUUAAAUGUUUUCAAAGAGAAGUAUAACAAAAUUGAAUUAAAAGGUGAAAAUUUAAAUGAUUGGAAUAGUAAAGAAUUACCACCUUUAGAUGAAAGUGGUCAUUCUCAAGGAAAAAUUACUGAAUUAUUAGCAAGGAAUAGGGAAGUUUCACAAACAUCGAGUGCGAACGCAGUAAUAUCGAAUGAACCUAUAACAGCAGUUAGUGUAUCCGCAGAAUCACCGGAAGAAAACACAGUAUCAAGGGAAAAACCUGAAGAAUCAGUUGAAAGUUCUGUAACAUCCAUAGAAGAAUCAUCAAAUCCUACAAAUUCACAUCCAUUAUCUUCGAGAACACCUUUACAAGAUGGGGCAAAUGCAAUUACGUCAGAAAAUAAUAGAUCAAACGAAUUACAAAGCGAAGGAAAUCUUAGUGAUUAUACACGCACCAUUGUAGGACCAGCUAUAGGAACUAUUGGAUUAUCUUCCAUUUUCUUCAUUUUUUACAAGGUAAAGUAA